CCGGGGGUUCUGCGCUGCGCCUGGAGCUCGCUCGCUCGCUCCUUAGAGGGCGGCCGCGGAGUGUCGCAGGGACGCAUGCGCUCGGGCGGCACCCGGGGAAUUAAAAGAGAGAGGGAAAAGCUCCCGCGGCAAACGCGCGCCUCGCGUCUCCCCGGCCGGCCGCGGCGUGAUGCGCACGGCCCGGCCCGUGACGCCGCGGCCGUCCCCGUCCCCGUCCCCGUGCCCCAGCCGCCAUCGCGCGCCCGGCUCCGGGAUCCCGGCGCCGAGCCUCGCUCCCCAUGGGGCUGCGCCGCUGGCUGCGGAGCGCCUGCUGCUGCUGCCCGUGCCGGUGCCUGGAGGAGCCCGCGCGGCCGGAGAAGGAACCGCUGGUCAGUGGUAACAAUCCAUAUUCCUCUUUUGGAGCAACUCUGGAGAGGGAUGAUGAAAAAAAUUUAUGGAGCAUGCCUCAUGAUGUGUCUCACACAGAGGCGGAUGACGACAGGAUCCUGUACAAUCUGAUCGUCAUUCGUAAUCAGCAGACCAAAGACUCAGAGGAGUGGCAAAGACUCAACUAUGAUAUCUACACCCUGCGGCAGAUCCGCAGGGAAGUGAGGAGCCGAUGGAGGCGGAUCUUAGAAGACUUGGGUUUUCAGAGGGAAGCCGACUCGUUGUUGUCAGUGACCAAACUCAGCACCAUGAGUGAUUCUAAGAACACCAGGAAAGCCCGGGAGAUGCUGUUAAAGCUGGCUGAAGAGACCUCCAUCUUCCCAGCCAGCUGGGAACUCUCCGAGAGGUAUCUCUUGAUUGUGGACCGGCUCAUUGCUCUGGACGCUGCCGAGGACUUCUUUAAGAUUGCUAGCCAAAUGUACCCCAAGAGACCCGGGGUCCCAUGCCUGGUGGACGGCCAGAGAAAACUGCACUACCUUCCAUUUCCAAGCCCCUGAAAAGAGGCCCAGAAGAACAGAGUCCUUUCUUCACAACACGGGAAUUUACCAAAGUUGGCCUGGGGUUUCGUCCGAGUGAGCCAGGAGAAGGCCUUCUCCAGUCGAACACUCUCGUGACUCCUACGAAAUGACAGGUCUUCCUCAGGACCUUCACCUAAGGAUGCUCUGGUUACAUUAAAACACCCGGUGGCCGCCAUGCAUCCAGAAAGGAAGGUUAAAGAGUUGGUGGGUGGGUAGUUCUUCCCAGAUAGUCAGGUUCCCAAGAAACCGUGGCCUCAUUGGUUAUAUAAGCUACAGUGGUUCAUUCUGUGGAGGGCUGGUGUUUUCUAAUCAACAGAACGGUAUGCCUAAUAGAGAAGGGUGUAACAGAGCCCUCAACUACAUCACCAACUUUGAGGUACUCAUUAUUAAGUGUAAUAUAUUAGAUAAGGUGCCCCAGAUUUCAUAAAACCCUAGGCCUCUUGUGACCUCUGUUUGAUUCAGAAACACCUGCAGCCGCUGAGGUGCUGUUUGGGGCAUCCCUUUGAGCAUCAGGCAGGGUUAUUUUAGAAGGAUAGGUGAGCCAGACAAUAGAAGUGUGCAGACGUUCAGCCCAGAUAACAGAACUUCCCGAGGCCAAGUGUCUUCGUCUGAAACUCGAGCACCCGGAGUCCUCAUCAUUAAUCCCCAGCCCUGAAGUUACUCAGUUGACUCAAUUUUUUUUUUUUUACGUUUCCCAUUUCUGAUACAUUUAUGAAGAAUAGCACCUGUGAACUGGAAUGUCUGGCCUCUACUUUUCUGUCUUAAUUCUGUGUCCUGAUUAUCAGCUGAGGGUUGCAGCUGCCUAGGGACCUUUUGGUGCAGACUUGCAGAUAGGCAGGCAGUGGCGUCUGCUGACAGAGGUCACUGCUGGGUCUCCACUCUGAAGGUGGUUUUCAUACUGGACCUAUGCUAAUGGUGCAGCUUGCGCACAGAAUGAGAAGGCCCGCUUCCCAAGAUCAUAAGGAGCUUGCCAUAAGGGAGUUUCGUUGAAAAGCCUUUAAAGACGUGUGGGAUUUAUCUGUAGACUUCUGAGAACAAUAGAAAUAUUUUUAUUUUUUAAUGAUUUUUACACUUCUGACUUCAGGUGGAAAAUAAAUUUGUAUUAGUCUGUUCAGGGGAUUGCAACUUGAAAAAUUUCAUAUCCUGAGGGUUUUUUUUUUUUUUUUUGCUUACAUACUCCAUGUUUAAAAUAUUUACUAGGAAAGGAAAUACAUGUCCUCCAUUCAUUAAUAUAUUGUAGACUAACUUAACAGAUGCAUUUCAGGAAAAUUCUUCCUGGUUUAAUAAGUAAGGUAAAAGUUUUAUUUUAUUUUAUUUUUUUAGUAUUUAGUGCAUAUUCUCUACUUCAUGUUGUUUAAAAUUAGCCUACAAAUAUUUUCAGUCACUUCUGUGGGCUAUUAGAAGAUAAAAAAACAAUAAAAUAAACAAAAGACACCUUAGAAUGUUGUAUUGUUUCAAUCUCUCAGCAUUUGUUUUGGCAUUUGUCUUCUUUGAUGUCAAAGUAGAUGAAGUUGUCUAGGUCUGUGCAUUGCAAACCCCUCACCAUACCUUUUCUUUGGUAACAAACAAAUAAGAAUAAAAUUAACUCUGUGGUAACUAAAAUACAUGCAAUUACCCAGGAGUUGUUUCCCCCAGGAAUUAAAAGACUUCUCUCUGUGCCUUUAA